AUGGCUGAAGAGAUCGUGAUCGAUAAAAGCGCUUUUUUCAACCGUCUCUCAAGCUUCUUUGCAGCAUGGAAGGCAGACAAACGACCUGGCCAUGCUGUCUUUGGCGGCGUAGGAUCAAUCGUUAUUCUCAUGGGGAAAACAGAUGAAGCGAAUAGCUUUCAAAAAAACAACGCGAUGCAUUUCUGGCUCCUUGGCUAUGAAUUUCCGGCUACGCUUAUGGUUUUCACAACAGAUAUGAUGUACGUUGUGACUACAGCGAAAAAGGCCAAACACCUUGAACCCUUGAAAGGUGGCAAGAUCCCAGUGGAGAUACUUAUCACCUCCAAGGAUCCAAACGAAAAAACCAGAUCGUUCGAAAAAUGCUUAGAAGUUAUAAAAAAUGCCGGCAAAAGGGUUGGCGUACUUCCAAGAGAUACAGCUGCUGGCCCGUUCGCGGAAGAUUGGAAGCGUUCGUUUGGAAACAUAUCGCAAGAUGUGGAAGAAGUCGACAUUUCACCCGCUCUUUCUGCAGCCGCCUUCUCCGUGAAAGAUACAGAUGAGUUGGUGGCUAUACGAAACGCCUCAAGGGCUUGUAGCGGUUUAAUGUCCGAAUAUUUCGUUGAUGAGAUGUCCCGCCUACUCGACGAAGAAAAACAAAUGACACACAAGGCACUCUCGAUGCGGAUCGACGCCAAAAUUGAUGAUGCGAAAUUCUUUAAGAAACUUGCUAAGCUCCCAACGGAAUUUGAUCCUCAACAGAUUGAUUGGGCCUAUGGCCCUGUCAUUCAAAGUGGCGGAAAGUAUGACCUUCGACUUACAGCUACGUCUGAUAAUAGUCACCUUCAGGCAGGGAUUAUUGUUGCUGGGUUUGGAAUCCGCUACAAAACUUACAGUUCCAUAAUUGCACGCACCUAUUUGGUAGAUCCGAGCAAGUCUCAGGAAGCUAAUUAUGCCUUUCUCCUGAACCUUCACGAUGCAGUGAUGAAGGACGUUCGCGACGGAACGAUGGCCAAAGACCUAUUUAACAAAGCAAUUGGGCUGGUACGAGCCAAGAAACCUGAGCUUGAAAGUCACUUCGUUAAAAGCGUUGGGGCCGGUAUUGGAAUUGAGCUCCGAGAUUCUAACAUGGUUUUGAAUGGCAAGAACAACAAAAUUUUGAAGAGUGGCAUGACUCUUUCUAUAACGGUGGGGCUAACAGAUGUCGAAGAGCUGGAGUCCAAAGACAAAAACAAUUCUGUCUACUCGAUGAUUAUUACAGAUACUGUACGUGUUGGAGAAAAUGGUCCGCACAUAUUCACUAAGGAUGCAGGUAUUGAUAUGGAUUCUGUUUCAUUCUACUUUGGGGAUGAAGAGGAACCCCAGAAACCUGCCAAAGAGAAAAAGGAGGUCAAGUCCAGCGCAACAGCUAGCAGAAAUGUUACUCGCACCAAGCUUCGCGCCGAGCGACCGACUCAGGUCAAUGAAGGCCUCGAUCGAUUCGCUGGUACUACUGGUGACGAUAAUGGAGUCACCCAGAAAAAAUUCAAACGAUUUGAAUCGUACAAGAGGGAUAACCAGUUGCCUAUUAAGGUUAAGGAUCUCACCAUUUAUGUGGAUCACAAAGCAUCGACGGUAAUUGUUCCAAUCAUGGGUCGACCAGUACCUUUCCAUAUCAACACAAUCAAAAAUGCUAGCAAGAGUGAUGAAGGAGAAUAUGCUUAUCUCCGAAUCAAUUUUCUUUCCCCCGGGCAGGGUGUUGGUCGGAAGGAUGAUCAACCAUUUGAAGACAUAUCGGCACACUUUCUGCGCAAUUUAACCCUCAGGUCCAAAGAUAACGAACGACUUGCACAGGUUGCUCAGGAUAUCACAGAGCUCAGGAAAAAUGCCCUGAGACGUGAACAGGAAAAGAAAGAGAUGGAAGAUGUAGUGGAGCAAGAUAAGCUUGUCGAAAUCAGAAAUCGCCGUCCUGUGAGAUUGCCCGAUGUUUAUCUUCGGCCUCCGUUAGAUGGUAAACGAGUCCCCGGAGAGGUCGAAAUCCACCAAAAUGGUCUUCGUUAUAUGUCACCUUUCCGAAACGAGCAUGUCGACGUGCUUUUCAGCAAUGUGAAACACCUAUUUUUUCAGCCUUGUGCCCACGAGUUGAUUGUCCUAAUUCAUGUUCACCUGAAAACACCCAUCAUGAUUGGCAAGCGCAAGACGAGGGACGUGCAGUUCUAUCGUGAGGCCACUGAGAUGCAGUUUGAUGAGACUGGCAAUCGUAGGCGCAAACAUCGGUACGGUGACGAGGAAGAGUUCGAGGCAGAACAAGAAGAGAGACGGCGGAGGGCAGCCUUGGAUCGAGAAUUUAAGGCCUUUGCUGAAAAAAUAGCAGAUGCGGGUAAAGACGAAGGAGUGGACGUUGACAUCCCAUUUAGAGAAAUUGGUUUCACUGGUGUACCGAACCGCUCCAAUGUCUUAAUCCAGCCAACCACGGAUGCUCUGGUUCAGUUAACAGAGCCCCCUUUUCUUGUAAUCACCCUGAAUGAGAUUGAAAUUGCUCAUCUAGAGCGGGUUCAGUUUGGGCUUAAGAACUUUGACUUGGUGUUUGUGUUUAAAGACUUCCACAGACCACCUGUUCAUGUUAACACAAUUCCUGUUGAGUCCCUUGAAGGAGUGAAGGAUUGGCUCGAUUCUGUCGACAUUGCAUUCACGGAAGGGCCACUAAACCUUAACUGGACUACAAUCAUGAAGACGGUUGUAAGUGACCCAUACGGCUUCUUUGCCGAUGGAGGUUGGUCUUUCCUUGCAGCAGAGUCUGAUUCCGAGGGUGGGGCGUCCGAUGAGGAGGAAUCUGCAUUCGAGCUGUCGGAGUCAGAACUUGCUGCGGCAGACGAAAGCUCGGAAGAUGAUAGCGAAUUUGAUGACGACGCCAGUGCUGAGGCAAGUGAAGACUUCAGCGCGGAUGAGGACAGUGGUGAGGAUUGGGACGAAUUGGAAAGGAAGGCCAAGAAGAAGGAUAGGGAAAGUGGUUUGGAUGAUGAGGAACGCGGUAAGAAGCGAAAACGUUAAUGUUGGUAAUUGUAUCAUAGGGUAUAUCUUAUGGGACCUGUUUCUCUUUUCUUUUAUUUCCCCUAUCUUUUAUUUCUGAGAAUUUCGCUACGUUUAUGGUGAUGAUUACCAGGUUUCAGACAUUACCAUGGGAUAA